AGCGACCCGGCCACAUCCCGAUCCUUAUCCUGAUCCUUUUUCCGAUCCUUAUUCCGAUCGCGAUCCCGCGGCGCGGCUCGGCCCGGCCCAGCCCGGCCCGGCCCGGCUCGGCCGCCCCGGCCAUGCUGUCGUGGGGAGCGGCAGGCGGGCGGGCGCUGCGCUGGGCGAGCGGGCGGGCUCCGGCCCGCGGGCUGCGCGCCUCUCCGCGGGCGCGGAUCGCCAUGCCCAGCUGGGUCAUUGACCAGUACGGCAGCAACGAGGUGCUGCGCUUCACCAGGGACAUGGUGUUCCCCGUCAUACACUUCCCGAACGAGGUCAUCAUUAAGGUUCACGCUGCGAGCCUGAACCCCAUCGACCUCAGCAUGCGAAGAGGUUAUGGUGCAACCGCGUUAAAUAUGAAGCGGGAUCCCCUGAAACUCAAAGCCGGCGAGACUGAAUUUCCUCUAACACUUGGUCGAGAUGUCUCUGGUGUUAUUAUGGAAUGUGGACUGGGUGUGUCUUAUUUCAAACCUGGAGAUGAGGUGUGGGCAGCAAUUCCCCCGUGGAAACAAGGCACUCUGUCAGAGUUCGUGGUAGCUAGUGGAAACGAGGUAUCUUUUAAACCAAAGUGUCUCAGUCACACAGAAGCUGCUGCCUUGCCAUAUGUUGGUCUCACUGCAUGGUCUGCACUUAACCAAGUGGGAGGACUGAACCAAAGUAAUUGUAGUGGGAAAAGAAUAUUAAUAUUAGGAGCUUCAGGAGGAGUUGGUACAUUUGCUGUACAGCUGAUGAAGGCCUGGGAUGCUCACGUGACAGCAGUUUGCUCUCAUGAUGCCAGCACACUGGUGAAAAAUCUUGGAGCAGAUGAUGUGAUUGAUUAUAAAUCUGGAAAUCUGGAAGAGCAGCUUAAAACAUUACCCUUGUUUGAUUUUAUCCUAGAUAAUGUUGGUGGAUCCACUGAGAAGUGGGCACUAGGUCUCUUGAAGAAAUGGUCAGGAGCAACGUAUGUUACCUUAGUGACACCUUUCCUGAUCAAUAUGGACAAGCUUGGAGUGGCUGAUGGCAUGUUGCAAACGGGAGUCACUGUUGGUUCCAAAACUCUAAAGCAUCUCCUUAAAGGAGUCCAUUAUCGGUGGGCAUUUUUCAUGCCGAGUGGCCCAAGUUUGGAUGAAAUAGCAGAACUGGUUGAUUCUGGGAAGAUACAACCAGUUAUUGAUGAAGUCUUCUCAUUUUCUGAAGUUCCAAAGGCCUUUCUGAAAUUGGAAGGAGGACAUGCACGUGGAAAAACAGUGAUCAAUGUAAUUAACAGACAAUAAAGUAUCUCUAAUCAUUA